AUGGCAGCAGCAGCUUCUCGUUCAAGCGUAACACGGCUUCUAGGCUUGUUACAAGCAGGCGCUAACAGUUGUCCUUGUCACUCGCAUGCUCACUCUCAUACUCCUACUCUUGGAUCAUUCUCAAGUCUGUUGAAAUAUGGUCGUAACUAUGCUAGUGCUAAGGAUUCUACUGAUUAUGCUUUUGAAAUGGCCGCUAGUAAUAUUCGUUUUGGUCCUGGCGUUACUAGUGAGAUUGGUAUGGACUUGAACAAUAUUCAAGCGAAGAAAGUGGCAGUGUAUACAGAUAGUACAAUUGCCAAACUGCAUCCUUUGAAGGCAGUAGUCGAAUCAUUGGAAAAGCAUCGAGUAAACUAUGUUAUUUACGAUACUUGUCGAGUAGAGCCCACGGAUAGUAGCUUCAAGUCUGCUAUUGAAUUCGCUCGUCAACAUAACCCUGAUGCUUUUGUUGCUGUGGGUGGUGGUUCUGUUAUCGACACUACAAAAGCUGCUAGUCUCUACAGCGCACACCCAGAAGCUGACUUUUUGGACUUUGUGAAUGCACCCAUUGGUAAAGGUUUACCCAUCAGAAAGAAGUUGAAUCCUUUGAUUGCCGUUCCCACAACCGCAGGUACAGGUUCCGAAACAACCGGAACAGCUAUUUUUGACUAUGAGCCUCUUCAUACUAAGACCGGUAUUGCUCACCGUGCGCUGAAGCCUCUUUUGGGUAUCGUUGAUCCCUUAAAUACCAGAAGCAUGCCUACUCAAGUCCACGCUUCAAGUGGUUUGGAUGUACUAUGUCAUUCCCUUGAAUCUUAUACUGCGUUACCUUUUAACCAGCGUUCACCUCGUCCUAAGGACCCUAUCGAAAGACCUGCUUACCAAGGCUCCAAUCCAAUCAGUGAUGUAUGGUCUCUUCAUGCUUUAAAGAUGGUAGUAGAAUAUUUACCUCGUGCUGUUAAGGAUCCUGAAGACCACGAAGCACAGAGUCAAAUGUUGUUGGCUGCCACUUUCGCAGGUAUCGGUUUCGGUAAUGCAGGUGUUCAUCUCUGUCACGGUUUAAGCUACCCUAUCAGUGGCUUGAACAAAAAAUAUAAACAUCCUGGUUAUAAAGUAGACCAUGCCAUUGUGCCCCAUGGUGUUUCUGUUGCCUUGACAGCUCCUUCUGUCUUCCGCUUCACAGCACCCGCAUGUCCUGAUCGUCAUAUUGACGCGGCAGCAGCCUUCGGUGCUGAUCCUGCCCAUAUCAAGGAAUCUAUGGCAGGUGAGGUUCUUGCUGAAAAGCUUACUCGCUUCUUAGAAGACCUAGAUCUUCCCAACGGUUUGACGGCUCUUGGAUAUGACUCUUCUUAUAUUCCUAAAUUGGUUGAAGGCGCUUUGCCACAACACCGUGUAACUAAGCUUGCACCUGCCGGUGAGCCUGCUCGCGAACAAUUAGCUUCUAUAUUUGAGAAUGCCUUGACGCUUUAUUAG